ACUGUAAAUUAACUAACCAAAACUCUAUAGCGUAUCCUCACUAAAUUAAAACCCAACUCUAAACAGUGAACAUUUCGUAUAUUUAUCAUUUCGUAAAUUAAAUCCCAACUCAGAGAUUGGUGAGGUUUUGAGGAGAAAAAUAAGUUCAUCUUUGAAAAUGGCAGGUGGGUCUUUUGGUCAUGGUGGUCUGGCCAUGGAGAGAGCAGGGCAGUACCAAGGGAAGGUCACCGCCUAUGUCAUUAUUGCUUGUUUCGUUGCUGCUAUUGGAGGCGCAAUAUUUGGCUAUGAUAUUGGCAUUUCAGGAGGAGUUACAUCAAUGGAUGGAUUUCUUGAACGCUUCUUCAAAGAAGUGUACAGAAAAAAGAAGUCAGCACAUGAAAACAACUAUUGUAAGUACAACAACCAAGUGCUUGCAGCAUUCACUUCCUCUCUGUACCUUGCUGGUCUAGUAUCAUCAUUGCUUGCCUCUCUGGUCACAAGGAACCACGGGCGGCGUGCUAGCAUAAUCUCCGGCGGGGUCAGCUUCUUCGUCGGAGCAACUCUAAAUGCCUCAGCAGUUAAUAUGGCAAUGCUCAUUUUGGGCAGGAUCCUGCUUGGUGUUGGAAUUGGGUUUGGAAAUCAGGCAGUCCCACUAUAUUUAUCAGAAAUGGCACCUGCCCAUCUUAGAGGAGCCUUGAACAUGAUGUUUCAACUAGCAACCACACUCGGAAUCUUCACAGCAAACAUGGUCAACUAUGGAACUCAAAAGCUUGGCAAUUGGGGUUGGAGGGUCUCUCUGGGGUUGGCUGCAGUGCCGGCCUUGAUGAUGACAGUUGGAGGAAUCUUCCUUCCUGAGACACCGAAUAAUCUAGUUGAGCGGGGAUUUAAAGAGAGGGGUAGAAAAGGCUUGCAAAAGAUUAGAGGGACCAAGAAUGUGGACGCGGAGUUUCAGGACAUAGUGGAUGCAAGUGCAAUAUCCAGUGCAAUUGAGCAUCCAUUUGAGAACAUCUUUGAGAAUCGGAACAGGCCUCAAUUGGUCAUGGCAAUCUUUAUGCCGAUGUUUCAGAUCCUCACAGGAAUAAACUCUAUUCUUUUCUAUGCUCCUGUGUUGUUUCAGAGCAUGGGGUUUGGUCGAAAUGCUUCUUUGUAUUCUUCAGCUAUAACUGGGGCUGUUCUUGCUUCAUCAACACUUAUUUCGAUGGCAACAGUUGAUAGAUUGGGUCGCAGGGCUUUGCUAAUAAGUGGGGGAAUACAAAUGAUCAUAUGCCAGGUUAUAGUGGCCAUAAUUUUGGGGGUCAAGUUAGGAGACAACCAAGAACUAUCAAAGGACUUUUCAAUAUUGGUUGUGAUUGUGAUUUGCCUCUUUGUUUUGGCCUUUGGAUGGUCGUGGGGUCCACUUGGCUGGACAGUUCCAAGUGAAAUCUUUCCAUUGGAAACUCGGUCAGCUGGUCAAAGCAUUACAGUGGCAGUCAACCUUCUAUUCACCUUCAUAAUUGCCCAAUCUUUCCUUUCUCUUUUGUGUGCCUUCAAAUUUGGGAUCUUCCUCUUCUUUGCUGGAUGGAUCACUUUGAUGACCAUCUUUGUUUAUGUCUUCCUUCCUGAAACCAAAGGAGUGCCCAUUGAAGAGAUGACUUUCUUGUGGAGAAAGCAUUGGUUCUGGAAGAGGAUUGUCCCUGAAUUUUGAGAAGCAAUGUGGUUUCUAACUUAAUAUCUUUUUUUUUUAAUUUUAAAAAAAAGGAACGUUUAUUUUC